UUUAUUUCAUUAUAGCCCACAGGGGGCUAAUCAUAGAGGGGACAAACAAGGACAGACAAAGGGAUUAAGUUGAUCACAUCGACCUCAGUGCGUAACUGGUACUUAAUUAAUUGACCCGAAAGGAUGAAAGGCAAAGUCGACCUCAGCGGAAUUUGAACCCAGAACCGCCAGACAAAAUAUGCCAAGCAUUUCGCCCGGCGCGCUCACAAUUCUGCCAGCUCACCGCCCUAAAAACGAAUAACAUUAUUAGCGAUUGUGACAUCCACCUUUAUUAGGAGAGUGGUGUUUGAGCGAGUCGUUGAAAUAUUGUCGAGAUGGCAUCUUCUGUCUCCCCGAUCGCCUCUGAAGAAGCCGAAGAAGAUUUCCCAGAUGACAACAUUCCAGAUGAAGUUCUUGUGGAGCAUUCUGAAAAGCCAUUAUCUGCUGCUAUGAGAGCUAGGAUUGAACGCAACCGACAGAGAGCACUGAUGCUUAGACAAGCACGACUGAACAGUAAACCCUACUCAAAACCCAAUGGCCAGAGUAUAAUGAAGGUUUGCCGCAGUGAAAUCGAUACAGGAGCAGGAUUUUUCUUAGAUGAAGACCAAGAAAAAGAUCUGAAGAACCAAAAAGUAAUUUAUGAAGAAGCUCCUUCUUUGCUAAUUGAUUCCUGUAACUGUGAAAAUUGUGACCAAAAGUUUACAGAGUCUUAUUUGCUGAAGAACUUUGAAUGUUUUGUCUGUGAUUCUUGCCGGGAAGAAAACAACGAAAAAUACAACCUAAUUACUAAAACGGAUGCAAAGACGAAAUAUUUACUUAACGAUGUUGAUCUGGACAAACGAGAACCGAAGCUGAAAUUCAUUGUAAGAAAGAACCCACACAACCCGAGAUGGGGUGACAUGAAAUUAUAUUUAGAGUCUCAGGUGAAGCGUCGAGCCAUUGAUGUCUGGGAAUCAGAAGAAAAGAUUGAAGCAGCCAAAGAAGCUAAAACAGAGAAAAGAGUAAACAUGAAGAAGAAAAAGUUUAACAAGAAAAUGAAAGAACUGAGAAUGUCAGUGCGGAGCAAUUUGUGGCAGAAACAGACUUCAACACAUCAACAUAGUUAUGGCGAAGAGAGUUACGAUGAAGAAGAAGACAUGUAUUCAAAGACUUGCACAACUUGUGGAAAUGUGAUGACAUAUGAGAAGAUGUAACGAGGGCACUUGUGUAUCAGGGUCCAGAGAUAUAGCUGGGUCCAUUACUGUCACUGAAGCAUUAAUGGAUCUAGACCUGUAACAAAGUCAAGGGGUCAAAGUUGAGAUGAAAAGCAAGUGAAUGAAAGAACUGUGUCAGUGAUACACUGAUACAAAUAAUGUUAUAGUAUUCACUACUUAACCCAUUACCUCCCAUAAUUCUAUUAACUGGAAUUUUUUUUAUGAAACUUUGAUUUCUAGCAUAAAACAGCUUUAGAAACACGCUGGAAUGAUCAAAAUAACAUUUCAAAGUAACAUUUCAAAAUAACAUUUUAAAUAGAAAUAAGCGAGAUAUUGGGUGAAAAAUUAGCAAACCUCAUUUGAAUAUCAGAAAUAUACCUAAUAGAUAUAGCAAAAAGGUUAGAUAUGUGUAAAUAUUGACAGAUAAUUACGAAAUUUGUAAUUUUUAAGUGAUCUCAUACGAGAUCACUGGUAGGUAAUGGGUUAAGCAGUCUAGUGACAUGAUAAAGAUAAUGGUAUAAAGCAUGUACUGGUGUAACCCCUUGAUAUGAAAAGUUUAAUUAAAUCUGGUGUAACUGGAUUAACGGUGUAAUUAGACCAAUGAUGAGAUGACAUUAGAAAUAUAUCUUCCAUCAAUUCUCAUUUAUUUGGUUAUGAAAAAUUGUUUUUCUUCUUUCUUUGUUUUUGCACUUUGUAAGGCUGGGUGGGAUUUUUAUAUCUUGGAGACGUGAUUCUUAAAUAAAGUUAUUUUUUUAGAAUACUUUACCAUUUGUGCAACUUCAAAAUGUUACUGUUAAUAUUUCGAUACGACAAUAUUAGGUGGUAAGCUUGUUGAAUUGUUAAUAUGCGAGACAAAACGCUUCACAGCAUUUCUUUGGCUUUAUAUUCUGAGUUCAAAUGCUGCUGAGAUCAGCUUUGCCUUUCAUCCUUUUGGGGGCCAAUAAAAUAAAUAUCAACUGAGCACUGGGGCUGGAUGUAAUCAACUAGCUCCCUCCCCUAAAAUUUCAGGCCUUGUGCCUCUAGUAGAAAAGUAGAAAGGGAUUUCAAUACAACAUUAUUUUUCAUAACAUCUCGUGGUCAAAUUAGCUGUUUUUCCAAAGUUUCUUCUCUCAUUUUAAUCGUAUUCAUUUCAACUCUGCAAGAUAACGAAACACUUGUCAAAUUCAUAGUUGUGAAGCUUCCACUGCCUACCAAUAACAAACCCUAUUUUAUCUUGAGACCUUGUUUUAGGGGGUGGUGGAAGAAAAAAACCCUCACCAUUCAGAAAGUUAGUCAUAUCUUAGCUGCAAAUACAUUUUGCAACUCUAAAACCUGAUCUCUUUCUUUUGUCAUUUGUAUCUACAUGUUAGCUAGAUUUUUCUCUUUCGUUUUUCCAUCUUACUUAUUGCCAGCUGGGGUCACUCAGAGAUUCAGUGUUGCUAGAAGACAAACCUUUUUAACAGUGCUACUUUGGGAACCUUCAAAAUAUCCAAAAUCCUCUGUAAUCAAAUAAAAUAUUAAACUUAUAGGAGAAGGUAUUGCUGUUGUUGUUGCUCAGCCUUGCUCCAGCAUCUGGUUCCAUCUUUGGCAAUCUGUCUUUUUUUAGAUCCAAUGACUCUUCCUUUUUUUUUAAGAUAGUAGGAUGGGGUUUGAAUCAGGAAAUUUGACUGCUGUUUCUAGCAGGAUGAGUUACUACAUAGAGGCUCUCUCUCUCUCUCAUUAUCUCAGCGUUGUAGUUGAUGGAUGUGUUAUUUCAAUUAUUUUCUGAAUCAGAUCAAGUUUAUCAAGGCUAUUUCCACAAAUAAUUUUGCUUAAUCUGUUGUAAGUCAAUGAUUUCAAGAAGAGAGAGAGAGAGGGAGAGAAUUCCGGAGGGUUGGUGUUAUAAGGAAAAAGGACAGAAUGAAGUAAUUAGUGCAGUGACCUUGGAGUUAGAUACAGUUUAGGUAAUGGGAGGAGAAGAGAGGGGUGAAUUAGGUGUACUUAAUAAUAUCUAAUUUGUGUAAGUCAGGAGUUGAUCCUAUCCAUUAGACUACUAUUCAGGUAAUAUAGCUUGUAGAUUAAAGGGACACCAGAAUGGAUGCAACGUAUCAAGUGUCAGAAAUUAUUAUGUACCACAAGGAACAUCAGGCCAAGAAACUCAGCCCUUCGCAUUGCGGUAAGUCGCCAUUUAAAGUGUCGACAGUCUUUGUCCUGUAUCGUUAACGAAGAUGUGCAAGGGAGAUAACUCGCUACUUCUAAAGAAUCCUAAAACGUUAGAACAUCACACCAAACAUAUACCGUUUUAAGCGAGUGACUUUAUGCUAGUUGAGUGUCCUUUCUCUGGACACUAUCUGGAAUGUUUGCUUUACUGUUUUAAAUGUGAGUUUUACCUGGUCUUUUUGGGGGACCAUAAUGUGUGGGAAGGGCCAGAUUAGUCACGCCAGGAUCUAUUUAAAAAAAAACAACACUCAUAAAUUAGAAAACCUGAAAUACAUUUAAAUAUCAUAAAACAUCAUUGUGGGGUGAACUAAGAAUGUCAAGAAUGAAACACGUUUUUUCUUUACUAUUGAUGUACAGCAUAAUAGCUUAGGAAGAAUGUGUUUACCAUUUUUUUCUCCAGCAUGCAAGUUGAUGUCGUACAUAAUGUAAAUAUUCAGACAUCGUUACCAAUCUUUCCAAAUUCUUUUACAUGGAAUGUUUGCUUCUCCAAAACCAUCUUGGUACAUCAGUCAACCUACCUUUUUUUAAUUGUAAAUUUUAGUCUGAAAAAUUUGACUUGUGUGCUAGAAAAUAUGGUAUGUUUUUUUUUUUUUAUCCACUGUGAAGUUUUGUUGUGUAUAAAUUUACGUCAGAUGGCUGACUACACAGGAUAUUUUUUUUAUUUGAAAAAAUUCAGGUUUUUGGUUUUUCUCACUGUUGUUUACACUUUUCAUAUCUUUCUUAAGCAACGUCUCAGUAAUACUAUUUCUUCCAGCAUACAGAUGGAAAUUCAUAGCAAAAAAUAGGUAGGUUGACUUACCAGAAUGACUUUGGAGGAUCCAAAAUUCCACAUGAAAUGCAACGGGAUUUGGGAAGCUAGUGACAAUGUUUGAAUGUUUAUACAAUGUCAUCUUGUAUACUGGAAAACACAGGAUCAGUUAAAUCACUUUUCUAGACAUACUUGGAUUAAUUUGUAACAUAUUGUUGUCAUAUUUUCUAACAAUACAUUAUAUGCAAUAAAGUAUUUAUAUAAAAUUUCCUAAAA